UCUAUAAGUACCUCACCACUCUCAUCAACUCCCAUCACCUUUAUUCACAGUCACUCAAAUUUCAAGAAAACCUCUCUCUUCCCCAAUUCUCUCGAAGUAGGGUUUCUCUGCUCAUACCCAUUCCCCCAAAUCCAAUUAGGGUUUCUAUGGAUUCCAAAUUCAACGCCCAAUCCGCUUCCUACCACGCCAACCAGGCCGGCAAACUUACGAUCUCGGAGGCGGCGCCGAUCUUCGAGCAACUCCUCACCGCUUUCCCGACCGCCGCCAAGUACUGGACUCAGUACGCCAAGGCCCAGAUGGCGGCGAACAACUACGAGGCCACCGGGAACUUGUUCCCCAGGUGUUUGAUGAAAUGCCUCGACAUCCCACUGUGGCAGACCUACCUCGAUUUCAUCAAGAAAGCCAACAACGGCCGGGAGGGUCAAGAUUUGAUCAGGAAGGCGUUUGAAUUCGCGGUGGAUAAUGUCGGCGAUGAUAUCAGGUCUGGGCCUGUGUGGGUGGACUACAUUAGCUUCUUGAAGGCUGGGAAUCAGAUGGUUGCGAUGCGAAAAGCGUACCAGAAGGCCAUAAUGAGUCGUAAUCACAGCACGGACCAGCUUUGGAGUGAGUACCAGAGUUUCGAAAGGACCUACAACAAGGACCUUGCGAAAAGCCUGUUGAAUGAGUUUUCGCAGAAGUUUAAUGCCGCCAAGAAUGUAUAUUGGGAGAGGAGUCAUAUUGUGAAGGGCAUUGACUUCGGCAUGCAGGCUGUGCCGCCGAGUGGUGAUUUGAGGGAGGAAGGGCAGUGGAUGGCGUGGAAGAAGCUGUUGGCUUUCGAGAUGGAGAAUCGGCAGAGGGUGGACAUUGCGUGGUGCAACAAGCGAAUUCGGUUGGCGUAUGAGCAGUGUCUGAUGUGUCUGUCCUAUUACCCUGAUAUAUGGUAUGAUUACGCAAUGUGGCUUGUGAAAUGUGGCUCCCUGGGUGCUGCGGCGAGUGUGUUUGAGAGGGCUUUGCAGGCUCUUCCUGAGUCGGAGAUGCUGAGGUUUGCGUAUGCGGAGCUGGAAGAAUCCCGAGGAGGAAUACAGGCUGCAAAGAAGAUAUAUGAGGCCAUUUUGGGAAAUGGUGGUGCUACCACUUUAUCUGGACUUGCUCAGAUACAGUUUCUUCGAUUCUUAAGGAGGACUGAAGGUACUAAAGCUGCUCACAGCUACUUUUUAGAAGCGAGAAAAUCCCAGAAUUGUACUUCUAAUGUAUAUGUUGCUUAUGCCAACAUGGCCUUGUGUCUUGAUAAAAAAAUGAAACUUGCACACAAUGUGUUUGAAGCUGGGAUGAAACUGUUUAUGCAUGACCCUGAGUACAUUCUUGAGUAUGUAGAUUAUUUGAUUCGUUUGAAUGAUGAUAUAAAUGCUAGAGCCUUGUUUGAGAGGGUAUUAUGCUCGAUGCCCGCUGAUAAAUCGGUUGACAUAUGGAACCGAUUUGUCAAGUUUGAGCAAAUUUAUGGAAACUUGGCCAGUAUGAUGAAGGUCGAGCAAAGAAGAAGGGAAGCACUUUCUAGUAUAGGUGGUGAAGAGCAAUCUUCGUCUUUUAAAAGUUCAUUGCAGGAUGUUGUAUCACGAUAUAGUUACAGGAAUCUUUCUCCCUGCUCUGUGAAGGAUUUGGAUCAUUUAACCCGCGAAGAGUCCCUAUUAAGAAAUAUGAAUAGGAAGAUCCUUAGUUCCUCCUCCUCUGUUCCUGCUGAAGCCAAACCAGCUGUGGUACCAGAUUCAUCAGCAGCAGUAGCUUAUCCAGCUACUUAUCAGACCACACCUAAGACAGCAGUUGUUCCAAACCCAGGGCUACAAAGCCAAACACCCAUGUCUGGAAGUGUUAAAACCUCAAGAUCGCUAGUAGGUGGAAAUCCAAAGUUCGACGAGGUACUGAAGACCACACCUGCUUUGGUAGCAUUCCUGACAAAUAUGCCCGGGCAAGUUGGGGGUCCAACCCCAGAUGUGGAUGUUGUGUUAUCAUUUGUUUUGCAAAGUGACAUACCAAUCAACACGAGCAGAAAAAGGAAAGCUGAUCAAAAUGAUGAGGAUGUCAAGCCCCAGCCUCAGCCAGAAUUCCCAGUAGAUAUUUUCAAGGCGCGACAGAUGCAGAAGAGGCAUCAUGGUACUGGUUCUCAAAUAGGAUCUGCCUCCUACGGGAGUUCUAGUUCUAGUUCUGGUGGUUACACUGUAGUAACUCGUAACACCAUCUGAAUUUAAGUUCGGAGUCUCAAAAACAAAAAUGUA